UCGACAAAAAAGCUCUCAGCUGCUGAAAAACGCAAAAGACUUGAAGAAUUAUUUCAUGAGACGAAAACCUUUUACCAACUUAGAGAGCUUGAGAAGCUCGCGCCAAAACGAAAAGGAAUAGUGUCACAAUCGGUUAAAGAUGUUCUUCAAGAAUUAGUAAAUGAUAAUCUUGUCUCUCAAGAUAAAAUUGGCACAUCAAAUUAUUUUUGGUCGUUUCCUAGCAGCGCUCUUCAAUCGCGAAAAGUUAAAAUCGAAGAGCUCCAAGAAGAAAUCAAUAAAUUGAAAGAAAAAAAUGCUGAUCUACAAGCGAAUAUCGAAAAGGCUUCUGGUGGUCGUGAAGAUUCGGCUGAACGAGCUUCCUUGUUGAAAACUUUAGCAGAUGCCGAAGCUUUGGACAAGAAGAACGAGGAAGAACUGAAGCGUUAUCGUGAAUGUGAUCCAGUGACUUUAAAUGACAAAGAGAAAUACGCUAAAUUAUACUUGGAAGGGGCUAAUCGUUGGACAGAUAACAUCUUCAUACUCCAAUCUUAUUGUGCAAAUAAAUACAAUAUUGAACGAGCCGAUUUUAAUAGGCAAUUCGAAAUACCCGAUGAUUUCGAUACCUUAGAAUAA